UCAUCCAAUGCUCUUGCAGCUUUUCGUUCUCCAUAAGCUGUACAGCAGCUCUGUCACAGCAGUUGUUUUGGUCUGGCUUUUGAUUACACAUAUUUCUAAUAAAAUGGCUGCAUUAAUCAGGAGGAUUAUCAGCACAACAAAAGCUCCUGCUGCUAUCGGCCCGUACAGCCAAGCAGUGGUGGUAGACCGGACCAUGUACAUCUCAGGACAGCUGGGGAUGGAUCCUGUCAGUGGACAGUUGGUGGAAGGGGGCGUUCAGGCUCAAACCAGACAGGCUCUUGUAAAUAUGGGUGAAAUCCUUAAAGCAGCUGGGUGUGGUUAUGAGAAUGUUGUCAAAACCACAGUGCUCUUAGCUGACAUGAAUGACUUCACCAAUGUCAACGACGUUUACAAGCAGUUUUUCAGCACUAACUACCCAGCCAGAGCUGCUUACCAGGUUGCUGCCCUCCCCAGAGGUGGACUGGUUGAGAUAGAAGCAGUUGCUGCAUUAGGCCCUCUGACCGAUGCUUCCUAACAAGUACAUCUAUCAAAAAAAUACAAACUGGAAACCCCAUGAUCACUGAAAAUAAUAGUAUGCGCCUUGUUUUCUAGAGCAGUCAUGAAUUGAAAAAACAAAUUUCCUGGAGAGCACUAAUCAUUCUCUUAUAGAUGUAUCAUAUUUAAUAAAGCAUUAAGAUAUAUAACUAGGGCUGGGCGAUAUGGAGAAAAUUAAAUAUCACGAUAUUUUUGACCAAAUACGUCAAUAUCAAUA